AAGGAAGUCACAACCUUUAGGGUUAUAUGUGUUCUAUGAUCACAAAUCACAAUCACAGCAUAAAACAUACCUGUUUGAACUUCACUAGGAAAAAUAAUUACAAUAUACUGUCAUAAAGCGGGUUGGUGAAAAAUAAUGACUGAAGAUAAAAAAGUUGAUCGUAAAUGCAAGAGAUUUGCAGCAAGGUUGAAAUCAAAAGGUAUCAGUUGUUCAAAUAUGCCUGGACCUAAUCUUGUUCUUUGCAAUGUUGGCCAAGCUACUGGAUUAGUAAAGGAUGACAUUCUAAAUCUUUGCAAUUACUUACCUGCGAUAAAACUAAGGAAGUUCAUAGCAGAGAAGGGUGAAUCAUACUCCUUCUUGGUAUUUGAUACUAAAGAAAGUGCUUCAGUGUUUUUCAAUGAAUAUAAUGGAAAAAACUGCUUCAAUAAUGGAACCUUUUUGUAUAUGUGCUAUGUUGAUAGUGGUAAGUAUUGAUCAUUCAUUCAUUUCUAAUAGCUCGAUCAUUCAAGUAUUGAUUCGUCUUACAAUCCGGGUCAUUCAGGUCAAUUAUUCAAAUGGAUUAUUUCGAGUUUCAGUACUCUGUGAUCUGCGAGACCCGGUCGUUAAUGUCGGUCGUCAAACAUUACUAUACUUUGGUCGUAGAUCCAGCCAAUUCACUUCAUUCAGAACUUACAAAAAAUGUAAUUCCAAUCAUCAAUACUUUGAUGCAACUCAGGUCAAAUGAAACAAAUCCUCCACAAUUGACACAUGUCUAUGUUGUAGUUAUAAAUGCAAGUGUUUGUAUUGACAAUAAGAAAAUAUUGAACUAAUAAAAUACUAUUUUAUCUGCUAACAAUGCAAUUUGGAGCUGGAAUCAGUUUCCCCUUUUUAUACUUUAACAACUUCCAACAAUGUCAAUCAACUUUAAUUUAUUAUAUGUGCAGAUUAUUAUAUUAUUUUAUAGAAUAAGAGUGAGAAACGAACACACACUCAACUUGACGGUAAGUGGCUGCUGUGGCCCAUACACAUCUACAUUUAUCCUCAAUGAAAAAUCAAAAUGCAGAUGCGCUGUCACUCCUGAGGAUUAAGAUGUAAUGACUCGUUUCCGGUAAAAAGGAUCUCCGGUUCUCUACACUCACCAUAUAAACACAGAAGCAUUGGGUUGCUAUUUCACACUAGUAUUCUGUGAGAGUGUGAUCCUUCCCCAGUUGAGCUGACCUAUUCAUGCUACAACCAUGAAUUUUGUAAUUUAAUUAUAAUUAUAUUAUUUCAUUAUUAUCAUAUUUUGAUUAUAAAUUGUUUAUAAAUAUGUAAAAUUAGUUCGCCCGCGUUGCAUGCUGUAGUAACCUAUAAUUAAGAAAAUAUUUAGUUUUUAAUCCUAGAAUAUGAGUUGUACACGCCCCUAGUUGCCCAGACAAAGGUCGACCAUACAGGGGCCCAUACAGCUGUAGAUUCGACUGACAACUAAGGGUGGGGCUUAAAAUGCCUAUGGACAAAUAACCUACACAAUAGAUGUAAGGCUAGGUAAUUAAUAACGACUUACCUGGUUCCGAAUCGAGAACCGACACCAAGGCGCGGUCAGGCGUUAAGUAUGUGUAUGUAAGUAGUUUGGAGUAGUGUGUACCAUGUGAAACCUGAUCUCCCCGGUGAAGUCGGACUGCAGACCCUCAGGCGCUGAUUUUCUCCAAAUGUGAGAUCCCUCCAGAAAGGCGUUCCCCAAUUGAACUCAUGUUUGUCGUCACUUCACUAUUUCAGUCUAUCAACUUUAUUGUACAUAUAAUUAACUUCAAAGUCAACCAAUUCAACGUUCAUCGAAAUCAAACACGUGACACUUGACACAAGUAACGAACAGUCGAUCAAAGUUAAAUAUUCAAUGUUCCGGGUUCACUCGCACGAUAUCAAAAUGCCACGAGGCAAAUCGUCGAAUCAAAUUAAUGUCAAUCAAGUUAAGUUAAUAAUUCAAACUCAACACAAGCCGUCCGUCGCGCAACAAUUAUUGGUAAUCAGUUACUUUAAUCGCUCAAAACUCAAAUAAGGCCUCGUGUCACGUACGCUCAAACAGACACUCCAUUCGAGGCGGUUUUAAAGAGACACAACUCUUCGAUAGAAAAUUAUGCGCGUUGUUGAAAAUUAUCGUCGAAAAUUCGGACGUUGAUCGCAAUCAAUAUUCACUUCCAAAACAAUUAACCGACCCGGCGUUCACGCAGACAAUCUAUUUUUCUAGACUCAACAAACUCCUAGUCAGUGCAUAAAAACUUGCUAACAAAAACCGACACUAAUUUAGAGGUUAUUCGGUACGUGACCACACCGUUCUAGUCACUGCGCUGCAUUAACACUUCCGACGCGCCCCGCUCGAAACCAACCCGAUCUCGCGCGAACGUAAAUCACCGCGCUGAGCGCCCCCUGGCGUCAAUUCUUGAAAUUAGCGUUUGGCGCGAACAUGAGUAUUGUAACAUAACAAAUAGUGUAUGUCUUGUUGGUAACCCUUAAUAAAAUAAAAUAAUAUACCAUAAUAUGUGAACAUUUUUUUCCUUCUUACAGUAAAUAACUAUUUAGCCUUAAAAUAUCUUCAUUAGAUGGCAUGUCAUCCUAUCCUCAGCAUUUCCAUACUUUAAAGAUAUCAAACGCCAAUCUGAAAAGGAAAUACUACAUACAGAGUUUCAAGUGCCAGAGUUUCCUAUUAAUUAUAAAUAAAACCUGAUGUCUGUCAGUGUCCAUGCCUCAUUCCAUAGAAAACCAAUAUUCAACAUUAAAUAAAUUGGACCACGUUCUCACAGAAUACCAGCAGAUCACGCUCUCACAGAAUACCAGCAGACCACUGUCUCACAGAAUACUAGCGUAAAAUAGCAGCUUAACCAUGCUGUGUUUUAUCUAGUCAGUGUAGAGAACUGGAGACCCUUUUUACUGGAAAAGAGGCAUUCCAUCUUAGUCCUCACGGGUGACAAUGCAUCUGCAUUUUGAUUCGGCAAACGAGGAUAGAUGUGGAUGUCUAUGUGCCACAGUAACCACUUACCAUCCGGUGAGAUCACUGUGUUCGUUUGUCACCCUAUCCUAUAAAAAAAAAAUCGUAAUUUUCUCUUCAUAUUUUGAAAUCAUAUUACAUGUUAUUAUUUUUAGCAAAUGAACGGAAAGAAAUACCUAUAACAUUUUUUGAUUUCUUGGUUUUAGUACCAGACACGGAGGUUUUAUGCCCAUAUAGUAAUCCUGAAGGACUACUUUUGGUAGAAGAUUUUAUAAAUAUAGAUGAAGAGAAGGCAUUUGUAGAUCUUUUCAAUUUCAAGGAAACCAAUUCAAGCUUGAAGAACCGACAAGUGAAACAUUUUGGUUAUGAAUUCCGGUAUGGUAGCAAUGAUGUUGAUCUUAAUUCUCCAUUGCCAGACAAGAUACCAAAGGAAUGUGACAUUUUGUGGACCAGAUUAAAAAGUUAUGGAAUUGAUUUAGAUCCUCCUGACCAACUGACUGUGAACAAGUAUAUGCCUGGGCAAGGUAAAUGAUAUGUUAUAUAUACUACAUAAGUUCAUUUAUGGUAUAUAUAUAUCAGUGUGUAUAUAACAGUGGUUCUUAACCAUUGUCAUACGAUGGAGGCACCUUAAGUGGUCCGCGAUGGCAUCAUACAAUUCUCUCAAAUAUAAAAAAACGAUUUAAUAAUGUUUUGGAGAUGAAGGUAUUGACUUUACAUUAAAAUAAGGGAUAUGCAAUGAUGUCAAACAUUCAUUUUGGUGUGUUUAGUUAAAAGAACAAACUUCUAAAUCUUAAAGGCAACAACACAUAAUGUUGUCCUAAUUUGUUUUAAAAUCCUAGGUAUUCCAUCUCACGUGGACAAGCAUAGUCCAUUUGGGCCCACGAUACUGUCGCUGUCACUAGGUUCCUCAGUAGUAAUGGAUUGGAAGCAUCACAGUGGGAAAAGUUUACCCAUUAUCAUACCCGCAAGGUCGAUGCUUGUCAUGCAGGGGGAAGCAAGGGCAACCAGCGUGUCAAAGUGAUCACAAGCGACACUACGAACAGACAGACAAGGAUAUCUCUUACGUUUCGAUGGACAAGAAGUGGGAAAUGUGAUUGCCCAUAUAAGACGCUGUGCGAUGCUUCGAACUCGACCGAGGAGUUGGACGACGCUGUGGCUUCCAACCUGGAGGAGUUGCAUGUUCACCAGGUGUACGAGCGUAUCGCGGAGCACUUCAGCAGCACACGGCAUUCCACUUGGCCACGCGUGCUGCAGUUUCUACGCCAGGUGCCAAGUGGUGCUGUGCUCCUCGACCUUGGAGCUGGUAAUGGCAAGAACCUACUGCACCGCACCGACAUUCUCCAGAUUGCAGGUGAACGCAGCAGUGGGCUGCUAAACGAGUGCAAGAGCUACGUCGGCGAAGUGGGCACUGUGGACUGUGUGAGGCUGGACCUGCUGCAAGCCGGGCUUAAAGACAGCUGUGCGGACUUCAUUAUUUGCAUUGCGGUCAUACACCAUUUCAGCACCCAGUCUAGAAGAGUGCAAGCAGUGGCUACAAUAGCUCGGUUACUGAGGCCGGGCGGCCGAGCCCUCAUCACAGUGUGGGCCAAAGACCAGACCAGGUCCAACUACCUCUGCAGAGAGAAAGAUAAAGAGGUUCAGAGCAACAGUACGGUCGAGGUGGCCGGCCUGACACUACCGGUCCACGAGAACAGAACCCAGUUCCAGCACAAGGAUCUCCUUGUGCCCUGGAAACUGCGCGGCAUGAAAGAGAACAAACUGGCCGACAAGCCCGAAUGCACCUUACUGAGGUACUAUCACGUUUUCGAAGAAGGCGAGCUAGAUGAGCUCUGUGAAUUGUCCAGUUUGCUGGUGGAAAGUAGUUUUUAUGAAGAGGGAAACUGGUGUGUUGUUUGUAAAAAAAUAUAAGGCUUCAUUGAUUGUU